AACAAGCAGAGAACACGGGCGGAGCAGCGUCUUGGCGUCAUUCACCGGAAGCCACUAGCGCUUUCUGAAAGAGUAGCGGUGGUUCAGUGUACCGGGCAUUCAGUCAUAUAUAUUUUUUUUUUAUAAAGCUGGAGACGUCGCGCAUGCGUGGUAUGUGACCUCAUGCUUUUUUUCGCUUUUUUUUUUUUUAACCGUUUGGCUUCUGACAGAGGCGGGCGCAUCACAAUGGAACGGAUUCCAUUGAACUCAUGGAUUUGAAGUUACCCUGGAUUGAGCGCUGAUUGGCUAAAAUUCAAGUCUGUCAAAACAACUGAAACAAGGGGGCAGUUUGCCAAGGCUUAGAUACAAGAAUUAUUCAUUUUUUUAACUUUGGAAAUUUGCUUUUAUGAAGAAAGUACAUUGAAAAAGCUGAGGACCUUCAUUUAAACAGAAACAGGUGACCAAGCAUGGCGCUCCAACCUGAGAGGAAAAAGAGCCGGUCAUUAAGUCUAGCAAGUAUUGCACAAAUUUCUAAUGACAUUUCACGGAAGUUCCUUGAUCGCAGUGACCUGGCCAGGCUUUUAAGGAUUGUUUCUACUACUUAUAAAGAUCAAACCCCAGUUUUAGAAGUGCUUGAUGCCUUUUUUAUCUCCAACCCACAGGCCAAAAUAAAAUUGGUAUUUGUGGAUGACACUGUUUAUGUGAAGAAUAUUUUUAUAAUGUCACCUGCUAUGCAAGAACUUGCUCAGAACUUCCCAGAACACUUGUAUGUAGACCUCCUAAGUAAUAUUCGCCCUGGCUUUAAUUUGUACAGUGUUUCCUGUGAAGUUAACUCGGGUUGGAAGAUGUGUGCUAGCUGUAUAUCAAAAGCAAAUAACCCUGAGACAUUAAGGUUUCUUAUUGUUUCUGUCUUGCAAAGUAUACCAAAAAUUAAAGGUCAGAUCAAAACCAUAACCGUACACCCGGGGAUAGAGGAUCGCCUAUACUUGGGCAUGCUUUUACCUAAUGUGAUUUUAAAGCAUAGUAUUUUGCUUCUUGAUCAAGCACUGGAUGGCAGAAUGUCUAAUUUAGAAUCUGCUACAAAAUCACAGAUUAAGAUUGCUUUAAAUAUCAUGCUCAAUACACGCUCGCUAAAGGUCUACAACCGUCAACUGGAUAAUUUUAAGGCGGUAUGUCCUGCAGAGAUCUUCCAGUAUUAUUUUGAAAACUGGCAUUCAAUCCGAAAGCUGUGGUUCUCAAAGGAAAAUAAACAUCAACUGAAAACGGAGCAGGCUAUUUAUACAUAUGUAACAUCUCUGCAUUAUACGCUUGCUACAGAAAUGGGCAUCUCGCCAUCAUUAAAAGCGUGUCUUCAUGUUGUUCUGAAUGACAACCUUGAAUUAAAGAGUGGCCCAGAUGUUUCGUCACUGCCGGAGCCGCUUCCUGUUGUUGAUGUUCCUGAACAGCCUACAUCACCACAUUCAAUUGUUUCUGAAGAGGUGCAGCAGACCCACGAAGAGAGAGAAACAAAUGGACUGGAACAUAUGGAAUUCUCUAGUUGGGAUGAAUUUCAGUUAUUUUUCACCAGAUGGUGUGUAGAAAACAGAAUAAUGUUUAUCAUUCGGAGCUCGGUGCCACUGAACGAUGACAAUAUGAGUCAAGAGCUCAUUCAGUCCUUGAAGUUUGACACAGUAAGCCUGGGAUGCAGCACUUAUACAAGGAAGCGUUGUCCUGCGCUCAUUCAGCUAACACUUGGGCCAGAAAAAGACAAGUUAAUAAUCACAAAGGCUGACCUUAAUCAUAUUCAUGACUCGGAGAUCGACCUCCCAUCUCGUUUUACCCGAAAGCCAAUAUCCUACGUUGAAGUACCAGCCACAUUGUCGAAUGGUGUUUCUGAUAAGUUUAUGGAUAGGAACGACCUGACAAAACUCCUUCGCUUUCCUUUUGGUGGUGAAUCUCAACUUCUUGAUGAACUGGAAUCCCUUUUUAAUUCUGACCCUACUGCAAAAGUGAAAUUUAUUUAUACAGAGGAUAAACUAAUUGUUAAGUACAUUUUUGUGAUGACAACAAUAAUGCAAAAUCUAUUACAUCAUUUCCCAGAACACAUCUAUGUUGACUACCUUUCAGGCUUAAACCAGGAGUUUGAUUUGUACUCUGUACUUUGCCAAGAUGAGAACUUUAGUUGGAAAGUUUGUACCCUCUGUGUUACACGGAAAGAAUUAUCAGAAUCUCUAAGGUUUCUCUUGACAUCUGUGUUGCAUAGCCUUCCUAAUUUGAGCAACCAAGUUAAAUAUGUUACAUUGAGCCCUGAAAUUCAGAAUAUUGCAUGCAUAGAGACGCUGUUUCCUAAUGCCUCUGUGAGGUACUGCCUGCCUUUAAUAUUGGACUGUAUGCAUCGUAAAAUUUCAUUUCUAAGUCAAAUGGAACAAUUUCAGAUAAAGAAUUUGUUGCUUAAUCUUGCUCAAGCAUCCUCAAUGGAUCUCUAUAGACUUUACCUUGUUGAAUUAAAAGCAGCCUGUCCUGAUGAAGUUUUUCAGUACUACUUUGAUACUUGGCAUCCGUGUUGGAAAUUAUGGGCUGAAAAGGAUAGUAGGGUCAGUGCUGUAGAGAACACGGUUUUCACAUAUGUAGAGUCAAAGCAUCAAGAUAUUAAAUCUCAGGUAGGAGCAAUGCCUUCUCUUCACCAGUGUCUACAAGUCAUUCUUGUGGAAGAUUUGCAUCAGUAUCUACAAGUCAUUCUUGUCGAAGAGCAGACGAAAGACCAAUUGUGUGAAACUAACCACAGUGCAGAUUUAGAUCAAAGUAAUUCUUCAGCUUGCAAAUCAAGUAACUCUGCAUCAGUAGAGUUCCAAGAGGAACAAGACCCUCCACCUCUUGAAGACUGUAGUACUAGUGUUCUUCAGAAGGAUUGUGAAGAAGUGGAAAAUGAUCAACUUAAUGGAAAAGAAUUCCAGAGUUGGGAUGAGUUUUGCGCUUAUUUAGAAACUUGGAGCAAAGAAAAGUACCUUGUUCAUCAGUCAUCCGCUCUCACAGAAAAUAGUAAUUGUGAAAAUCCUGCCGUCUUAGAUAUGGUCUCCUCUUUUAAGUACAGCUGGGUACAACUUCUCUGUAACAGGAAAGAUUGCUCCUCGUUCAUUGAACUGACUUUGAGCCCUCAAAAAGAAAAGCUUGUUAUUACACAAAGCAACUUAAACCAUAACCAUGAUGUAGAGGAAACUACUCUUCCACCUCCUGCCAAAAAAUGUAAACUGUCAACUGCAGUAGGACUACCAGCACAGGUUGCAAACAACAUCUCUAGGAAAUUUCUGGAACCUAGCGAUUUAAGAAGGCUUCUUCGCUUUAGAUCGGGAGCAUUUGAAGACCGCACCCAAGUACUUGCUGAGUUGGAAAAGCUGUUCAUCGCUGACCCUCAAGCCAAGGUCAAGUUGGUGUUUGUAGAAGACAAAUUGCUAGUAAAUAAAAUUCUAUUAAUGACAUCUGUGAUGAAAGAAGUAGCCCAUAAAUUUCAUGAGCACUUGUUUAUUGAUCUAUUCUCAGAAUUCAGUCAAGGUUUUGAUUUAUACUCUAUUUUUUGUGAAGAAAAAGGAGUAGGGUGGAAUGUGUGUGCUUACUGCAUUGCAAAGAAAGGGGUAGAAGGAAUUCUCGACUUCCUAAUAAGCUCAGUUGUUCAGAUUAUCCCCACACUAAAUGGUCAGGUAAAACAUAUAACUCUGCAUCCGGAGAUAUCUGAAACAGUGCAACUAGAACCCCAUUUACAACAUGUUACCACAAGGUAUUGCAUGCAUCUUCUUUUGGAUGUUUUAUAUCACAGAGUCUCCCAUCUUGAUACCACAGUAGCAGCACAGAUUAAGAAUUAUCUUCAUAUCCUUUCUCAGACAUGUUCACUCAAAGUCUAUGAUAGAUAUUUGAAUGACUUGAAGGCAAUUUGUCCUGCUGAAAUAUUCCAAUACUAUUAUGACACUUGGCACCCUCGCAGAAAGAUGUGGGCCAAAAAGGAUAACAAGGUUGAGGAAUCUGAGAAGAAAAUCUUUGAAUUGGUCACGCAAAAUCAUGAGAAACUAAAAUCAACUUUAGGUCCUGUGCCCUCUUUACAUCAGUGCCUUUGUGCUGUGCUUGGCGAUAGCCAUAAAACAUCAGGCAACAAGUCUUAUCUUCAGGAAGCAAAUAUGACACAAUUUUGUCAUCUUGAAGAAUCUUCUGCCAUCUCACCGCUAAAUGAGCAGGCACAGGAGUGUGAGCUUCCCUUACUGGAUGAUGAUGAAGGUGGUGAUAAUAAAGAAACCUCCACAAAUCAGUUGCAAGAACUACCAACAAGCAUAGAUAACAGAGAAAAUUCCACCGUGCCCUCUUCUGUCAGCUGCAAUACAGUGAAACAAGAGGGGGACUGCAUUUCCCGUGACAUUAACGGGAUGAAGUUUUAUUCAUGGCAUCAGUUUUGUGAGUACUUUGACCACUUAUGUGAAAUGAAAAAAACAGCCUAUAAGAUAAUAAGUGCAAUUCACUUUGCUAAAACACAUGACAAAGCUGAAGUAUUCAAAUUUCAAGAAGUUCAGCUGGGUUGUCAAAUUUUCCACAAUGAACCUUCAAACGAAAUCUGCGCAGUAAGGGAAUAUGUACCGAAUUCUUGCCCUGCUAAACUUACCUUACAAUUUUCUACGGAUGAAAAUUGUUUAGUUGUUUCUGAAGCAAAACUACAACAUAACCACAAAGCAGAGCACCAGAAAUUUGAUGUUCCCUUCAGAUACUAUAGUCUUACUUCCUAUACAGAACUCUACUUACUGGUAAACAGCUUUGCUGGAAGGUUCAUCAAACCGCAAGAAGUAAGUUUGUUGCUGAAGUGGAAACAUAGUUUAAACAAAACUGUUCUGGAUCUUCUGGAGAUAUUGAAGGCUUUAUUCUUGGAAGAUUCCAUGAGCAUAGUAAAGCUGGACAUUUCUCCUGAAACUAUGCAACUUGAGUGUGUUUUCAUUAUGACUUCUAAAAUGAAAUACUUGCUUGAAUGCUUUCCUUCCUUUCUAUUUCUUGGGAAGCCACUGUCUGUUAACGAGUCAUAUGACUUGUAUACUGCAAUGUGUGAGGAUAAUAAAAAGAACAGUAGGGAGUGUGCUUAUUUCAUCACUUUAAAGGAGAGGCCAACACCAUUUCCUGACUUACUGGUAUUCCUAAUUCAGAGUAUACCCAAUUUAAAGAUUUCUGUAAAGGAUCUGUUGCUGCAAAUAGACCUAAAGGAGCUUCAAUUGGUACGUGAGCUUCUUCCUUCUUGCCGUGUGCGCAUAAGUCAAACACAUGCUCUCAAUGCUUUAUACCAUCAUGUGAAAGAAAGUGAUCCAAUUACACAGGAGAAACUGAAAGGAUUAAUGUAUAGCUUGGUCAACUGCUGUUCUCCAGAUCUCUACAAUACAUACUUCACAGAGCUUGAAACAUCAUCUUCUGAUAAUUUCCUUCAGUACUUUCUUCAAACUUGGCACAGCUGUAAAAAUGAUUGGUGUCACGGCAUGAAAGAAGGGCAUUUCCUUGAAUGUGCAGCACAGCAGAAGGAGAUGCUGACUACUUUAGCACAAAGUCCUGUCUCACUAGCUGUUUGCAUCCAAGCCCUAAUCAAAACUGAAGGGGUCAACAGUGAAGAUAAUCCUGAUGAACAACCAAUGGAAAUUUCCGUUUCAAAUGAACAGGCUGCAGGAUGUGAAAUGAAUUCAAGUCAUUGUGUAACAUCUGAUUCCACUUCACCUGUCUCUUCGUGUGGCAUAUUAAUCCAGGAGGAGAGACCUGUCAAGCAAUUACAUCUUAAAGGAAAGAUUUUCCAAAGUUGGGAUAUGUUCUGUGAGUUUUUUGAUCAAUAUUGUAAGGAAAAUAAAUGCUUAUAUAAAAUUGCUAAAGUCACUCGCUUCAUUGACAUUGAAGAAGCUGACCUGCAUCAUUUUCGAUACCAACAAGCCGUUCUGUUAUGUAAGGGCACAGGGGAGCAACACCAGCCUAGACUUAAUUUCAGUACAAUGCAGCUGCCAUGUUCUGCUUCUGUUACAGUGCAGUUUUCUACAGAAAACCAUUGUCUAGUUAUUAGCCAGGAACAUCUUCAGCAUAACCAUGUACUGGACCCACAUGUGUUUGAUACAUGCUUCAGCCAUUGUAGUUUGACCUCCAGGCCUCAGUUUGCUGCAUUGAUAACUAAUAUUGCUAAUUGUUUCAUCACACCUCAUCAUAUAAAGGAACUCAUGAAAUGGAGCAAUGCUUUGGAGCCUAAUUUGUGUGAUCUCCUUAAAGAAUUGGAAAUAUUACUCUCAGAUGAUGCCAUGGUCAAAAUGAAGCUGGUAUUUUGCCCUGAAACAUUUUGUUUAGAGAGUGUGUUUAUUAUGACAUCUCAAGCAAUGAAUUUGCUGGAAAAUUUUCCAUCAAUGUUAUUUUUGGGACAUUCACUAAUGCUCAAUGAAAGUUUUGAUCUUUACACAGUCUUGUGCGAGGAUAAUGAAAGCAAUGGUAGAGAAUGUGCUUAUUUUAUAACACAUAAGGAGAGCACUAAACCUGUCCUACAAAUGGUGGUUUGCCUUACCCAAAGUAUUCCAGAGAUAAUAGAGCGAAUAGAGGUUAUUGUGCUACGAGUAGAUCUGAAGGAACUUGACCAAAUUCAAGAUCUUCUACCGUCUUGCUGUGUUCGUAUGAGUCAAGCUCACGCACUAGAUGUCUUGUACCACCAAAUAAGAGAGGAAGACCCACGCACUCAAGAGACCCUGAAAAAGCUAAUGUACAACUUAGUUCAUUCGCAAACAUCAUCUAUCUACAACUCAUACUUUGAUGAAUUGAAAAGUAUGGCUUCUGAAAAUUUCUUACAUUAUUUUGAGCAUACUUGGCAUAUACGUAAAGAGGACUGGGCUGAAUGCUGGAGCCACAAGAUGAAGGAUGGUAACUUUUUGGAGUUUUCACAAUGGCAACCAAAUGACUUACGCCCUAUGCUGAACUUUCCCAGUUCACUAGCAACCUGCAUUAGAGCAUUGUUGAAUUUGGUGCGAGCUUAUAACAUGCAAUGUUCAAAGACUAAUAGCUCUCAAGACAUCACUACCAAAGAGGCUGAACACCAUUCACAAACUCCAGCAGUUCUAGAAAAGAGUUUGCUUACUUUGGAGAACCUGGAUGUCACCAAAAAACAGGAGGAAUCCUUAGAUGUUACAAUAAAACAGGAGACUGAACACCAUUCACAAAGUCCAGCAAUUCUAGACAAUAGCUCCCUUGCUUUGAAGAUCCUGGAUGUUCAAGUUCAAAAACAGGAGGUGGCAGAACUUAAUAUUAAUACACAUUCAGAAGCAACAGAAUCCAACAAUGAUAACACUCUGCAACUACAGGCUGAAGUCCCCACAGCUAAGGUACUAGAUGAUGUUAGGAAUGGAAUUAACAGUAUUGAAUCACAUGCUAUUCAAGAAAUACCCUCAACUUCCAGUACGCAUGAUACUUCUGAUGAAAUUAUCAAUGAGGAGAGACCUUUCAAUUGUAGCAGCUUAGAAGGACGCGUGUUUUUAAGUUGGAUUGAGUUUCGAAAUUUUUUUGAUCGGUGGUGUGAAAGAAACAUGGCCUUAUAUAAAGUAAAAUGCUGCAGACCAUUGUGCAGGACGGACACUUUCAUUACACCUGCAGCUAAAAUGAUAACUGUGCUAAAGUAUAGCUUCCUAUACCUGGUGUGCAAGUAUUCAACUGUCUCACCCUCCUCCAUGACAGAUUCUUCUGGGGAGCUGUCCUCUCCAUGCCAGUCCUGUAUAAUUGUUCAAGCUGGACCUUGUAAUGACCGUUUGAUAAUCACUCAUGCUGAGCUGGAUCAUAAUCAUAAGAUAAUGGAAGAAGAAUUUGACAGAUGCUUCCCACGUUUUAUGUUAAAAGGAAAGCCUUUUCAAUUUUUGGAAAUGACCAAAAGUGUUUCAAAGCAAUUUCUGACGCUUAAAGACUUGCAAGGUCUUGUUGAUCGAAGCUGCAACGAAGAACCUUCCAUAAGGGAUCUUCUGCAUGAGUUGAAUUGUGUUUGCUGCCAAGAUCCCAAAGUCAAAAUAAAGCUGGUAUUUUACCCAGAUAUUGUAGAAGUAGACUGCUGUUUUAUAAUGACCUAUUCCAUGAGAAGGAUUCUUGAGAGUUUCCCAUCUCUGCUCUACAUUGAUAGAUCACCUUCCAUCAUUGAAGAUUUUGACUUAUAUACUGCCCAUAUUGAGGAUGCUAACAAUAGGGGCAGAGCAUGUGCAUAUUUAAUCACCCGUAAGGAGAGCCAAACUCCGGUACGAUUCAUGAUGGUGUCUCUGUUGCAAAGUAUUUCAAACACAGUCAAAUCUAAGAUAACAACUGUUGUCCUGCAUGCUGGCUUUGAGGAACUGGAUUUAGUAAAGUCAUUUCUUCGAAAAAGAACUGUGAAAAUGAGUCAAGCCUAUGCUUUAGAAGCUUUACAUGGUAGGGUUGAACAGGAAGCACAAUCCGUACACAAGGCCAUUAAAAGCAUUAUCUCCAAAAUUGUAUGGUCAAACAGUCCUGAAGAAUAUCAGAGCAAUCUGAGGGAGCUGGAAGCUAUAGCUCUUACUGAUUUUUUUCAAUACUUUCUUCAGAAUUGGCAUAGCUUCAAAGAGACAUGGGUGGCAUAUUCGAGCUUGCCAGAGCCCCAAAGAACUAGAUUCCCUAACCACAUUAGAAUAUAUCAUCAAAAUCUUCAGUCAACUUUCUCUCUACCAACCUCACUGGCUCAUUGUGUUAGUGGACUUCUCAAACUUCAGAGUCUCAAAGCACUAACCACCACACUUGAUGAACAUAUGAUCUCUCUCUUCUUUCAAGAGUUAUGCCAACCAGAUGUUUUAAAGCUGGUGCAAGAAGAGAUAGUGCUCACAAAACAAGGACUUUAUGAAAUCAAGGAAGUGGAUAAAGGCUUUAUGCUAAAUGAUGGCACAUCUGAUUUUUUGCUGAACCAAGGCAUCACAGAAUGCAGUUGUUCCAUUUUUAAAUCAAGUAGCUUACCAUGCAGGCAUAUAUUUGCUACUCGCCUUUGGAUUGGUGAAGCAAUUUUAGAUGUUAAACUCUUACAGGUGAACAAAUCAAAAGUUUGAAUUCAAUGUUUUAUAUUUUUUUUGUCUUAUGGAAACCUAGAAUGUGUUACCUUAAAAAUGUCAGACUUGUUAGUCAUGAUAGAUUUAAAUGCCUUUGUGAGCUGGUCUCGUGUUUAAACUGGUUAUACUGAAAUUUAUGAAAAGGUGGAUUUCAACAUUUAUUUGAAAUGGUGGACCAUAGGAUAAACUUUGUAGACAUAAAUAAAUAUGGUUUGCCAUUAACAAUUUAGCAAAUAUUAAUAUAGACUAUAUUUUUAACACUUCUGAAGCAAAGAUAUUACAAUGAGGCAUAUAUAUGAAUAUCAUUAAUUAUUGAUCGAACUAGACUAGUUAUUGCCAUAUUAAACUUGAAGGUGUUCAACUCUAACAAACUUCUUUUUCAAUAGUGUGCAAUAUAAUGACAAACAGGGUAUUUGUCUAAUUCAGUAAGUAUCAACCCUGGGGGUAUCACAGGCCCCAUCCCAUGGUGUCAAAUGGUAUUUGGGUAGAGGAUGAAACAUCACAAAUUGUUCAUGGUAUCUUUGUUUCAUAAUUAUGUUAAACCAUUAAACGUUUUUGGUGACA